AUGGCUUUCCAAGCAAGUGGGUUACCGAGUAUCGCAGCGGCGACCUCGGACCUGUGGCCGUCGGUUGCGAACACUCUGCUGAUUCCCUGGAGAGGCGCACACUACUCCCCUCCGACGCCUAGAAUUCGAUCCGCCCGUUCUCCAGUCCAGCCUCAGCCUCAGUCGCCGACAACAACAGCUGCCAGCGUCGAGGCCGACUCUUCAGUCCGCGUCCAGCGCGACGCGGAAUCCAGGCCAAAGACCGAGUUCCCCGAAUUCCUGCGGGACGCUGUGCUGUCGCCGCGCUUCCUCGAUCGCCGCCUCGCCACCGUUUCUCCCAUCAACAUAUUCUCGGAAAUCUCCAACAUGUCUCCCCGAUCACUCGCCAUGGCGAGCCCCCUAAUGCGUCGCUCGUAUGCGACGCUGAUGGCCCGCCCCUUGACAAACCUCCCCGGCCUCCGGUCCAUGAGCACCUAUCAGCCGAGCCGCUUGCAGCCCUUCAAUUGGAUCAGGAUUCACCAUAUCUCUCGGAACACCCAAUUUCGGGGCUUCGUCACCGGCGGCGUCCCGCGCGAUCUCCUCGCUAAUCGCGAGGCUGCUGCUAACCGGAACCCGAACAGCGCCACGGCUCAGAAUUCUUUCUACCAGCUCCUAUUGAAGGCAAACAUGCCUGCAAUUGUUGUUGAACGCUAUCAAUCUGGACGGUUCGCCACGAACGAGGCUGCCGACGAGGCCUAUCAACGAGCGCUGGCCAUGAUUAACGGUACCACCGGUGCGGUUGCGCAGAGCGACGCGGCAGCCAACGCAGCUGGCAUUAACCCGAGCAAUCUGCAGGUGGUCGGCCAGGCUGUGGCCGCCCACCGUGCAGGUAGCAACAUGGCAUUCUCGAUGGGACCUAAUGGUGGGAAGAACGGCCCCUUGCACGUCAUCGUGGAUGAAACCUUCGGCACUGCUGCUCUUAGGUGGAUCAAGUUCCUUCUUUGGUUCGGUCUCUGCGCCUAUCUCAGUUUGGUUCUCGUUACCAUGGUCAUUGAGGGUAUGACGACCCUCAAGCGGCCGAGCAAGGUUGACGGAAUCGACCCCAAGGCCGAGAACCAGAAAGCCCGCUUUUCCGACGUGCACGGCUGCGACGAGGCCAAAGAGGAGCUUCAGGAGUUGGUCGACUUCUUGCGGAACCCUGAGAAGUUCAGCAACCUGGGCGGCAAGCUGCCCAAGGGCGUUUUGCUCGUCGGCCCCCCAGGUACAGGCAAGACUCUGCUGGCUCGUGCCGUCGCCGGAGAGGCUGGCGUGCCCUUCUUCUACAUGUCCGGCAGCGAGUUCGACGAGAUCUAUGUCGGUGUCGGCGCCAAGCGCGUCCGUGAGCUUUUCAACGCCGCAAAGGCCAAGUCUCCCUCCAUCAUCUUCAUCGACGAGCUCGACGCCAUAGGCGGCAGACGCAACUCGCGCGAUGCGACCUAUGUCCGGCAAACUCUGAACCAGCUUCUUACGGAGAUGGACGGCUUCGCGCAGAACAGCGGCGUCAUCCUCUUGGGUGCUACCAACUUUCCUGAAUCUCUCGACAAGGCGCUCACCCGGCCAGGCCGCUUCGACCGCCACGUGCACGUGUCCCUCCCUGAUGUCCGUGGCCGCAUCGCUAUCCUGAAGCACCACUCCAAGAAAGUCAAGAUGGGCCCAGACGUCAACAUCGAGGCUAUCGCCGCCCGCACCUCUGGUCUGUCUGGCGCCGAGCUCGAAAACAUUGUCAAUCAGGCUGCCAUCCACGCAAGCAAGGAGAAGGCCAAGGCCGUCAUGCAGUCGCAUUUUGAGUGGGCCAAGGACAAGGUGAUCAUGGGUGCCGAGAAGAGGAGCAUGGUGAUUACGCCCAAGGAGAAGGAGAUGACGGCCUACCACGAAGCCGGCCAUGCGCUGGUUGCCUACUAUUCCAAAGACACUGCGGGCGACUUGUACAAGGUCACCGUCUUGCCUCGCGGCCAAAGUCUCGGCCACACCGCCUUUCUUCCUGCCAUGGACAAGUACUCGUACUCGGUCCGGGACUACGUGGGCAUGAUUGACCGCGCCAUGGGCGGCAAAGUGGCUGAAGAGAUUGUCUACGGCAACGAAUUUGUGACAAGCGGCGUCAGCGCAGACCUGGACUCAGCCACCCGGACGGCGUGGCAGAUGGUGGCGCAGCUCGGCAUGUCGGAGCGGCUCGGCCCCGUCGAGUAUCUGCGCUCAUACGAUCGACUGAGCUCCGAGACACGCGCCAUGGUUGAAUCCGAGGUCAAGAAGGUGCUUGACGAGUCAUACGCGCGGGCCCGCGCUCUGCUCCUCUCCAAGCGCCACGAGCUUGACCUUCUCGCCAAGGCGCUCGUCGAGUACGAGACGCUGGACCGUUCCGAAGUCGAGAAGGUGCUGCGCGGCGAGAAGCUCGAGGGCCGCAUCUCCGUGCCGCCGGGACCCAUGGCGGUGCCGAAGCCGGCUGAGUCGAUAGAGCCUGGUCUGCCAAUCCCGCCGCUGGGCGGGAGCGGGCCGGACGCGGGGAGCCCACCGCCGCCUGCGCCGCCACCGGCACCGGCGCGGCAAAUAUCGGAGCUGGACAGGGAGGAGCGGAAUCAGAAACGCGAAUGA